UCUACCGCUAAUUCCUUCCCACCCAUUCUCUCUUCUUCUUUACAAAAUUUUCGUUUUCUGAAAUUGGAGAUUCAAGGUAUUCUGUGUUUGUAUGUGCACGGACGACCCAAAUCUUUUUAUUUUUGUAUAGGAUUUUCACCUAGGAGAAGGCUUUGAUUAUUAUUAGCUGGUAAUAUAUCGCCUUAAUUGGAAUUCGUAAUUCAUCUUUCUCUGUUCUCUGGAUUUUUAAUUGUUCUUUCAAUCUGAUGUAUAUGAUCUUUUGCUUGUAAAUUGUCGUUUAGUCCUCUCUUAUGAUACGAAUUUGGUCCGUAGAGAACUAAAUUUUCCCUUUGAAACUGCUUGAUAAAUUCAUCGAUGUUAGUUUUAAUCAUUCAAGGUAUUUGUUUCCAAUACAUGUGGUUUUAUUUCGUGUGGUUUUGGUAGUAUAUCUUAUGCUGAUAUGUUUUCGUCCCUAACCCGCUCUGCUUCUGAGGCUGCGGAGCUUGAUAAGGUACUUGCGUUGAUGAGAAUGAACUAAGGAUCAGUUGGAAGAUGGAUGGAUUUAUAAAUUAAUGUUUAGAGAUGGGAAGAUAGCUUUAGGAACUCCUUGUGAAUUGUGCUCUAUUGAGGUUCUGGAGUGGAAGUGGCAUAGCUACAAACAAGGAAAUGGUGAAGAAUCUCCAGAACUAUGGAGUGGUUGGGUCGAAGAAGGUGUCUGAAGUAAUGGAGAGUAUAGAUAGGGCCUAUUUUGUGCCCGAUGAUGCUCCACCUUAUGUUGAUACUCCCUUGCCAAUAGGUUACAAUGCCACUAUAUCUGCACCUCACAUGCAUGCAACCUGCCUUCAAUUGUUGGAGAAACACUUGCAACCUGGAAUGCGCGCUUUGGACGUUGGCUCAGGAACGGGAUAUUUGACUGCAUGCUUUGCGUUAAUGAUUGGACCUGAAGGUCGUGCAGUUGGUGUGGAACAUAUUCCUGAGCUGGUGGCUUCAUCAAUCGAGAAUAUUAAUAAAAGUGCUGCCGCUCCUUUACUGAAAGAAGGUUCCCUCUCUCUACACGUUGCUGAUGGCAGGCAGGGCUGGCCAGAGUGUGCACCUUAUGAUGCUAUUCAUGUUGGGGCAGCAGCUGCUGAAAUUCCGCCGGCUCUCAUUGACCAGUUAAAGCCAGGUGGGAGAAUGGUGAUUCCAGUUGGGAACAUAUUCCAGGAUUUGAUGGUUGUGGAUAAAGAUGCCGAUGGCUCUGUUAACAUCCACAACGAGACUUCUGUUCGUUAUGUGCCUCUUACCAGCCGAGAAGCUCAGCUACGUGACAACUGAUCGAGUUUACUCAUCCCAUGCAGAUGCUGCUUUUAUCAAGAACGUUGUAUAGAAACUUUAAGAGAUCUUUUGCGCAUCUAAUUGAAUCAUAUCAUCCUAGAUGUGUGUACUUAGUCCAAAUAAAGAUGUUAUAUCCUUUGUUUUCGACAAUCACAGACGAUAAACAGAAGAUGACUCGUUAGAACUUACAAAAUUUCAUUGACAGGGUUGAUAAUUCGAUUGUAUUCUUUUUGUUGUA